UGCUAUCCGCUAAGCAGACCGCGCGUCAGCACGGACACGACCCCGUCCGUGCGGUAUCCUCCUAAACAUCAACUCCGUUGAUAUCCGAUGAUUUUAACUGUGAUGACGUUGAUGAUGAUGUCAUCUUGGUGUGUACUGGAUAUUUCUCCGCGGAGUGGACGAGUUUGGUGCGCGAGGUGUCGACGACAGUGAAACAGAUUUGUCAUCACGUGGUGUGUUUGUGGUUCUCGCGCGCGCUCUGGGAGAGCCAGUGUCGUCUGCUUCAAAACGACCGCCGUCCGCUUCAUUUUCGUUAGGAUGUUCUGAGACAGGAGUGGUGAGAAUGUUCAGUGCUUUGACUCGGAUUUGUGAAUGAGUGGUGGUGUGCUGGAGAAGUGGUGUCGUCGGGUGUCACGUGGGGUGUUGGUGUCAGCCGGGCGUCUUCCUGCGUUGCUGUAGCAGGGAAGACGCUGCGGUGGCACGUGAGAAGGCUGGGUGCCACAACGGAAGGCGAGGACGCUGAGAGACUGCUCAGCACGCACAGGACGGCCCAUGCCAUGUCACGACGAAAACAGGAGAAGCCACAACCGAGGAAAAGAUCUCUAACCGAUGAAAACGAAGACGAGGCCUCGGUGACAGCGGCUUUAUACAACAAUAAGGAAGAGCAACUUCAUCAGCGGCUCAAAGGACAACUCGACGGAAAAAGCAGUUCCUACCUUCGACUCUUUGACGAAGACGUAAAAUCCAUUACCAAAGACAACGAUCGUGCCGAACCCGAGCACUUAGUGCAGGACUUACUGUCGUGUGGUGUCUGCCAGAAAGAAUUCGCACUCGCAGACAUCGUCAAGUUCAUCCAACACAAAGUUCACUCCUGCAACAAGGAGAACUGCAUCCUCUUCGACGGGGACGACGGCGGCGCCGACGGCUAUGACAGCGACAGACCGGACGGCAACCCCGUCCCGCACCGGAGGUCCUCUUCCGGAGGACCCCCGCCGCCCACUGGAGCGGCUGUGCCCGGUAGGAAGCCGCACCAUGGACUGUUGCUCCACGGGAGGGCGAACCACCACAGUGGAGGUCUGGACCUCGCGGACAGGCUCAAGGGCACAGACUUGCAUAAGGCAUCCAGGGGGGGACACCAGGGGGACAAUGGGGACGUGGGUGCGAUGCACCACUGUUCGCGGUCGCCGGUUCAGGACAAGAAAAAGGCGACGCUGGUGGACGCCGAGGUGAACACUACCUACACUGAACCCAACAGCUACACCUGCUUCACGUGCAAGCAUACAUUUUCCACAGCAUGGCUCCUGGUGCAGCACGCGCAGAACCUUCACGGGAUGAAGAUCUACGUGGAAGCCAACAUGAGCCCUGCUCCUCUUUUUCCCACUGGACCAACAUCAGGAUCUGCGUCGGCGCGUACGACACCGAACUCCUCCUCGAAUCGAGACAUCACUGCGGAUUCUUCCCCGUCUUCAGCCCCGGCGGUGACGUCGUCCAUACCUUCAGGGGCAAGCGGAGACCCCCCUUCAACCCACCCGGCCCUACAGCUGCUGCGUAUGCCCCUUGGAGAGCGGCAGUUCGGUAGCUCUGGGGCGGGCCUCUUCACGCGGCCCUCUAGUCACGAGUUCCUUUUGGGCGAUCAGCUUCGACUCACCGCUCCCGCUACGCCGACUAUAGACAGUUUCCGACCGACCACGACGCAGGCAGGCGCUACUUCUUUUCCGGGUCUGUCACUGGAGCCCCAGUUGGAUUUCUACUCGCAACGACUACGCCAGCUAGCGGGGGCCACGAGCCCGUCAUCCCCACGCAAGCUGACGCCCCCGGCGUUCGCGGGCACAGCUUCACUGACGCCUUCGUCGACGCCGUUGCCACCUCCGCCCACGACUACAGCGGCGAGCGUGAAGACCUCAACGACCAGUGGCAGUGAACCUCCAACGGCGGCGUCUCCGAAGCUCAAGUCAUGCGAGUAUUGUGGCAAGUCCUUCCGGUUCCAGAGUAACUUAAUCGUUCACAGACGGUCCCACACGGGAGAGAAGCCCUACCGUUGCCAUAUUUGCAAUCACGCUUGUACACAGUCCAGUAAACUUAAGAGGCACAUGAAGACACACCGCAAGUCUCCGGGGGGCUCGGCUGAGAACACGAGCGUCGAGUCUGCACGGACAACGCCCGAAGACGGAGCUAGGGCGAACGGGGACGACGACGUGUCGGACGAUGCCCGGACAGUAGAUAUGGAAGAGGAUGAGGAGGAGGACUUGGACGAAGAAGAAGAGCUGGAAGACGAAGAAUUAGAAGAAGACCCAUCCGUAGCUGAAACAGCCGAGGACCUAAGUGUCCGUACGGCAACGCCGCCAGAGAAGGACUUGCCUGGACGGAAGUCUCUUCUGGGUGAGGUGAUGGAGAAAAUAGGUCUCACCAAUAUCCAGCAAUAUAACGAGGCAUACAAGCAAGCUUUAGAGGAAAGCGUGAAACCCGCUGUAAAGCAAGAACGGCCCGGAUCUGCGGCCGCUGACACAGGAGGCCCUGGAGGGAGUGCAGCGAGCAGCAGUGACGCGUCGGCUGAAAACGGACCCCUUGCCGAUGGUGCGAGCAAAUCGCUGGCGCCGCUUGACUUCGGAGGAAGUCUUCUGGGUGCCUUCGACGGUGGAUAUGACCCCAAGAGGCUUAAACUGGACCUGGGAGAGCGUGACGGUGCAAACCCAAGCCUCUACUCCGGACUGUGGCUCCCGUCGAUGGCGCAUCGCGACUUCUAUUUGGGCCUGCCACAGGGUGGAGACCUGGACGCGCGCAGCGGCAAAGACUGCAAGCUGACCAACGCUAGUCCACGACCAGGACCCAGCAAUGCGCUGGCGCUCAUGGGAGCCGCCCUGGGAAAGCCCAAGGACCGUCGCAACGACACGUGCGAGUACUGCGGCAAAGUGUUCAAGAACUGCAGCAACCUGACGGUGCAUCGACGCUCGCACACGGGUGAAAAGCCCUAUAAGUGCGAGCUCUGCAGCUACGCUUGCGCGCAGAGCUCCAAGCUGACACGCCACAUGAAGACACAUGGGCGCGUUGGCAAAGACGUGUAUCGCUGCCGGUUCUGCGACAUGCCCUUCUCGGUGCCCAGCACCCUGGAAAAACAUAUGCGCAAAUGCGUCGUUAACCAGAACCCUGGCGCCGCUGCGGUCGCAGUCGACUCGGACUCGAAGGAGAUGACGUGACCCCGGGCCUGCUUUGGACCUGGCUGGGACCUCGCCCUUGCACUGGGCGAUGCCAAGUAUUGACGGACUUCAGCGCGUAAUCCCCGGCCGGGUCUUGCUGUUCCCUGAAGCUGUGCGGGUCAUCGAAUAAUCGGGAGGGCACAAGCUGAUGGGCUCAGCACCGCGUCACGUCAUACUUUUUGGCUUCCGAGCGAACUUCCUGGACUCUCACUCUGCUGAACUAUUUGGUUUCUGUCGUUGCUGUGCCUGGUUAUUUCUUUAACACUUGCUGUCCUGGAGUGUAUUAUGAGGAAGUGUUGGACGCUUUAUGAGUGAACGGUUACUUUGAGUGAGUCCACAAAGGGCGAAUCGGCGAGCUACGGAAUAGUGGGACAACUCCAAAAGUGCCUGAUAUCCGGUGCAGGAGGAAAUACAUCUACACCCCUCGCAUUUACUUCGUUCUUCCCAGUUUCACGGGUGUCACCAGAUAAUCUACUUCCCCCGUACAUAUACCACAUGUAUCUUGGAUGAAGCAGUCCAACGAUCACCCAUAGUGGCCGUAUCUUGCCGAUCGCAACCUUGCCAGUGCUUCAUCCCCGCCACUGAAGCCGCGUUUCCUUUGGCAACCGCUUUUGGUCUUGGUGUCCUUCCGGUUGACCCCUCGCUGAGGCGGCCCUGAUCACGUGAUACCCUUUCUCACCAGCCCUAAUGUUGCACUAAACAACGUAACUAAUUUGAUGAUCGUCACUUGUGACUGUAGAGUACAAGAUACGCUAUACUUGGCGAAACUUACGUUUGUUCCUUCGUUCACGUGAUCGGCGUCAGCCAAUCGGAACGCAGCAAGAUAGAGUUACUACACUGACGUGCAAUACUGUUUCUCUUUUCCCUAAACCUUGUGAACGAGCAACUAGACUCCCCUUUUUUGUGUUCUCUCCUGGAAUCUCACGAACCCGUAUGUUCCUCAGUAAUGUAGCACGUUGCUGCGGUUUACCUCGAAGCAACCAUUUAAUUUAUGCUUGCACAUAGGCCCCGCCUAGCCUUCCCUUUUGCGUCGCAAUUGGUCUUAGUACACGGACUCUCCUGUAUCAGCGUUAGCGCAUGGAGUUGUUCCCGGAGCAGGUGUUGUGAGCAUGUGGUCAGCAAUAAAUCCAAGUCCCGUCAAAUACGUUAAUCAUGCGAUUUCGCAUAUCAGUGUGCCUUCUCGACAGGUGGGAGAAAUCCGUUCCGAGAAAAUCAUCGCUAAGAAAGCCUGGUCUUUAAUGAAGAGCUCAGCCGUGACUUUUCCCCCAAGACAGGCCGGAAUCAACUCCGCAGAGAGCAUCUGGGUCGUACGCGUUUGAUGCCCUCCGUGGCUGCAGGUCUGACAGUUGAAAUUCACAAAAAAAAAAAAUCGUAUUGCUGUGUUGAUAAAUUGCGCAGCAGUCUGUUAACUUAGUAUAGUUUUUUUCUUUUCUUUUGUCUUUAAUUUUCAAGUCUGAGGCGUGGCCGACUGCGACUAGCGUGCGCAGACGGUCCUGAAAAAAAUAAAGUAAAAUAAACCGAAGUUAAUACAAAAAUAAAAAGCGGGUCACUGACACUUUGAAAACAGAACCUCACCACAUACGGAGCAUUUUUAGAGCGCGUGUGAGUAAUUCACCGCAUCAUUUGAUCUCGUUCUUCGUUCCUGCAUGGGUUUCAACGAUGAUCAAGUCAGCGGGAAACCUGGAUCUCCCCGGGCGAUUAAGUUAAUCACUCGUAAAAAUUCACGCAACCUCAGUUUUCGAAAGCGGUGACCUGGUGUUCUGGUUAGUGCUUUGGUGAAUUUACGUGGAACCGAAGUUGGUCAAUGAAGAAUGCACAGACUUCGAGCUUAGUCACAGUAACGCUAUCGAUUGAUCGUAAUAUUGCUGUAAGCGAAGUGGACUACCUAAGGCUAAACAGGAUAUUUUCUACCACCAGGUAACAUCCAUCAAUUUCAGUGAUAAGACGGCUUAGGAAGUUUGUUGUAGUUACUGGACCAUAAUUUCAACAGCAUACCCCAGUUAUAUUGUGAGAGAGGUGAUCCAACCGGGAAAUGAAGAUGCCAGGCCACCUUGCGUGGAAUGAGCUAACAAAAAAAAGGCACUUUUUUUUUCGUUUGUACUUCGUUUUAUCUGCUGUUUUUACUAAAAGUAUGUACACUGUACAGUCACAAAACAGCUCGAAUCAGUUUUCUAGUCAUUGCAGCCUCCCCUGACGUGUGUGACAGAGCAGACCAGUGGCGCGCUUGUAGACCACCGGGGGAAUAAUAUUUAAGGACCUGAUCAUCUCAUCAAUUGUGAGGAAACAGACUCGAUUCUCUUUCUUCUGUAAUUUCGUUGUCAACAAACAUGAGACCAUAUAUCGAUGUGCUGUACGUUCAGAGAGCUGGAAUGGGCUACCAUAGAGCCUCACCAAAAUAGCCAUUAUAAUAGGGAUUGAUUAAUUGAUUGAAAACAGAUAGGUUGGUUACUCAAUCAGGAAUCAACUAAUGUGAGAGAAUCAGAGCGAACGUGAACGUGACUGCAAGAUGCUGACUUUGACACGCUUCCUUUUUUUUUUUUUUUUUUAGUCGUUCUAAACUAACUAUUGAUAAAAUGUACUAAUGUUUUUAUAACAACAAAAAGAAAACCUCUUGCUAGGCCUGUUGGCCCAUUCCACCUCGACGUACAUCAAGACCUCGAUUACUUGUACAGUUCGACCACUUGCGGACCUUUGUCCAUUUAUAGUACCAAUCAUGACCGCUACGAGGCGGCGAGGCGGGACUUUAUUCUUAUUUAGGCGGACAUUUUCAUUCUGUAUGUGUGUGUGUGCGUGUGCUUUGUUUUCUUUACGGGAGUUCAUCAAUUCUGUGAAGAGACGGACAUGAUGGUGUGUGUCGUGUUGCUGUGUGUAAAAACGUGUGGAUGUCGUGCUCUAUGUGAGCAUUAAUGAUUCUUCUCCUUCUCUAUGUGAAUGUUAUCUUCAACCAGAAAAUGCACAUUUAGGAAAACAGAAGAAAAAAGAGAAGAAAAAUGACGUCUUUGAGCCUCGUCACGGUUUCUGUAUUUUUGCUGCACCGUAUUUACGAAUAACAGUUAAUAUAGUCAUUGCAUUAAAAAAAAAUACACUUCAUGCUUUCAGUUGCUACCGGUUAACUUUAAACUUCAGUCUUUUAGUGAUGAUUGUGAUGACCGUAAUAGAAAAAGAUAUGGAGUCUUAUUUCAAUUUAAUUGCUGAACAAUCAGACGUUUACUGCUCAACGGCGCGUCUGUCUGUCUCUAAUAACUUAUUCAAGGACAUAUAUAUAUCUAGCGUCUGACUUUUUCGGCUGGAAUGCCUUCCCCGGAUUCGGAGGGAAUCGCGUGCAAUUUUUAAAUCUGUAAUUCGUGGUGAAACGGGGCGAUAUUGAUACAUGCGGGUAUAUUAACGGGUUAUUAUUUUUUUUUCCGCCCUGCAAGCCGCCUAUAGUGAAAGUGUAUAGUUAUUUGUCAAACAUGCAUGCCUCGCAGUUAACACUGACAAGCACCGCAUGUUAUAACAUCGAGUGUGCUUCGCAAAGUUUAUUGUUGCAUUCAGAUAAUAUUUACAUCAGACAGGCGCACAUAUUGCCACUCAAUAGCGCCCGUGAUAUGUGAUUCGGGGAAGAGAUUGGGUAAUUCAAAUCAUUUAUAAACUGCUUCCGGAGGGAAUAACCCGGGUUUAAAUCGGUUUCAACCCGAAAAAAGUCAGACCCUAAAUGUAUUCUACGAAUUAUUCAAGGACAGAAACCGCGACGAAGACGGUGGACGCCAUGUUGUUUUCUGAAAGCGUGAAAUGUGCAGUUCCCACGGGAGUCAUGCAGUCAUCCAAAGAGCUUCUUCGAGCGCCAGAAACAGCAAUGCGCUACACUUUCCUUCUUCAUUGCGCAUUGUAUAUACAUGUACGUAACAUACAAACGGUCGUGUUUGCUUCAUGUUAUAUUAUUCAAGUCGAAUGUUCCACAAGGUUUUGUAAAAAAAAAAUUGGAGGAAACAAGCGCUAACAAAACGCAUGGUUACCUCUACCAAACUGUGUCUUUCUACCAUAAUUACCCCGUUUUCGUUUCGUGCCCGUUCUUGGUUUUGUUUGUGGCUGUUUGUUGGCGAGUGUAUAAAUAGAGAGAAAAAAAGUAAUAGAUAUAUUUUAGCUGUGUAGUAUAAAUAUAUAUACAUAUAAAUAUAUUUGUAAAACGCCUCGGGUUAGUAUCAUCAUUUUUUGAGCCACUUUUUCUCCCCGAAUGUCGUUGAUGCCCCCCCACUCUCCCCGAGGUGAUCGUGAUGAUGUUAUUUCCGUUUCUUCAGUAAAAAUGGAAGUUGUAAGUUAAAGAGGGGAAACCCCCCACCCCACCCCCUUGUGGCCAUUAAGCGCAGUGUGGAAGGAGCCAGACGUGAUCUUCCGCGCGACCCUAUCCGGUGAUCUUUUAUAAAUACGCGAAUGUAAAGAGUUCCGCAGCAGCAGCCACAGCAGGUCUGGGAACGAAGACGCUGCAUGCUCAUUGGUCGGCUGCGAGCACGUGACGCCACCGGCGCGUCCGCUACUGGUUUUUGAUGCUAGCUAUAUCAGAGUGUGUCAGUCGUCUGGAAAAGCCGACGGUUGUUUUUUUUUUUUCAUCCUUAUUAUGGCGUUUUUUUGUGUGUGAUGCAGAAGCUGUACGUCCUAGCAUCUACAGUGUACGCUGUGUGAAGCUUUUUCUCCCUCCCUUUGGUAUCCUCGACAACUGUGUUUGUUUUUAAGUUCUGCUGCCGUAUUAUCGAUAUUCUCUUUUCCUGUCACUGUUGUUUGUAUUCAUUAUUACUAUUACGACUGAAAAUGGCACAGUCGAAGGAAUGAUGAUAUUGUAUUAUUUUCUGACGACAGAUUCCUCUAAUACAGAUUUUCAAAAACCAAACA